CCAGCAGCGCGACGCACUCGACUGACCGGCUGCCGGCUGCGCCGUCUCAAUCUGCUUAGCGUGGAAAGCGCCGCAGGAAGUGUCGCAGUGCGGCGGCAUUUGGCCUCUCCCUUCGCAGGAUAGGGCUCGCCAUUCAUGCACGCCAUUUGCCCGCACGGCCCGCCAGACGCAGCGCCCGAGCGGCAGACACGUCCGGCGCUGGGCAAGCUCCGGCGUCGGCGCGCUUGCCGCUGCUGCCGCUGCCGCCACGCGACGCGCGCCGACCGACUCUUGCGUGCGAGGCAUCCUCACACGGCCGACCCAUCCGACGAGCCUCGUCGCCGUCGAUGCCUGCCAGCACAGCGCUGCGAACGUGCCCGCUGCAGCUCCGAGCUGCAGCAGCAAGCAUCGAGCGAGCAAGACAAGCUCAGCAAGCAGCGCUCAGCCCACUUUCGGCGCAGGGCCUUGUGUUCCGCGGCGCAGUCUGCGAGCGUGCAGCGCAUCGGCUCGGAGGGCAGCCUUCGGACACCGCCACAGGCCCCGCUGCAGGACGCAGUGCGGCGCUGCAAGGACGAUCACGGAGCUGACCGCUCGGAGCAGAUCACGGCAUCGACAUCGAGGGCCGCAAUGAGGGCAUCAGCGCAGAAAGGCGGCGGACGCGUGCAGCGCAUGCAUGUCCACAGCGUCAGGAGCAGAGGGUGCGAGGGGGUCCUGCUCCGCCGAGCGCCGCAGCCACACUCCGCCCUCCUCGCCGGCGCCGUCAUUUCCCCGCUGCAUCAAGCGCUGCCGCUGCGGGCUGCUGCAGCUGCGCCCGCACGCUGCCGCUCGAGCUCUCCAACAUCUUUGCUUGUUGCCGGGCAUUCUGCUGCGGCUGUUCCUGGGUGCGGACGGGCAUAGAGAAGGUGCAUUGCCGCGCCGAGUCCUUGGGCUGGGCGUCGUCGGCCAUCGAGCGUUGAGCUGGGCGCAGCUCAGCAAAGCAAAGCACCCAGCUGACAGCUGCGUCUGAAUGCUCGAGGGCCUGCUGCGGCAUGAUCGUUUCUCUCCCUCUGCAGGCUGCCAAACGCAAUUUCCUGAUCCGUGCAUCGACUUGUGCGGUCGCUCUGCCGCAUGCGAUGUGCACUCGCCACAAGGACGUCGACACCGCUGCAGGUGCUGUCUAGCGCCGUUGUUGCCGGCGGCAGGGCGCCAUAGCGCCUGCUGCCGUCCUCUGGCGGUGCCUGCAGCGACUGUCGGGUGCCCUUUGACGUAAACGUGCUGACACGAGCGUACCAAUGAGCUGCCGAGUCGUUGCGCAGCUGUGCUUGCGCUCGAAGAGAGGGCAGCUUCGUGCAGACCGGCACCGACACGUCGGGAGCGUCGUGUCCUGAUGGUGAUC